AUGGCUAACGGGGCUGCGGGAGAACCCCCGCCCAUCGACGGGCCGGGGGGAGGAGGAGGAGGAGGAGGAGGAGGGAGGGCCCAGUGCGCAGGCGCCGUCCGCAGGCUGUCGAAGAAACCGGAGGAGCGGCGGCGGCGGCGGCGGCGGCGACCGGGGCCCCGGGGCCGCCCCCGGGACAGCCUCGGUGCGGGUGGUCGGCUCCCGGAGCCCCGGGAGGGAGGCCUCUUGUCCGGCCGGUCCCCCUCCCCUCCUCCCCUCCUCCCCUCCUCCCUCCCCCCGGCCAUGUCGUCGGUGUCGACGUCCCGGCGGCAGUCGUGCUACCUGUGCGACCUGCCGCGCAUGCCGUGGGCCGUGGUCUGGGACUUCACCGAGCCCGUGUGCCGCGGCUGCGUCAACUACGAGGGCGCCGACCGGGUGGAGCUGGUCAUCGACGCCGCCCGCCAGCUGAAGCGCGGACACCCCUGCUUCCCCGCCGCCCGCUCCCCGCCCGCCGCCAAGCCCCCGGGCCCGGCCGCCAAGGACCUCCUGCUGCACCCCCACCUGCCGCCCCCGCCCGAGCCGCCCCCGCCGCAGGCCCAGCCCCGGGAGCGCUACCCGGCGCGCCCGCUGCCCAACGGCUUCCCCGCCAAGCCGGACGAGCCCCCCGAGCUCAACCGGCAGAGCCCCAACCCCCGCCGGACCCUGGGGCCCGGCCCGCCCACCCUGCUGCCGCUGCUCAACGGCUCGCCCGCCGCCUCCGCGCCGCCCGCCGGCCUGGGCCUCGCCGCCCGCGCCGCCGCCCCCGCGCAGCGCCCCGACCCCGGCGACAAGGAGAAGCCCCCGCACCGCGGCCCCAACGAGGGGCCGGGCCUCGCCGACCCCGACGCGGCGGGACCGGGAGGAGGAGGAGGAGGAGGAGGAGGGAGCAAGGCCCGCGCCGAGCAGGACUGGCCGGGGAAGCCCAAGACGGUGCGGGACACUCUGCUGGCGCUCCACCAGCACGGCCCCUUCGAGCCCAAGUUGAAGAAGGAGCCGGGCCUGGGUCCGCCCAGGGGGCUCGCCUUCGAGCUCAACGGCGCCUCCGGGCCCAAACCAGUUCCCCGAACGGCCCGGAAGAGGAAGCCGUCCCCCGAGCCGGAGGGCGAAGCCGGCCCCCCGAAGCUGAACGGCGAGGCGCAGCCGUGGCCGGCCGCCCCGGCCGAGGGGCCGAAGGUCCCCGUCACGCCCCCGUCCUUCGCCUCGCCGCCGCCGCCCACGGCCUCGCCGCACCCCCACCGGACCACGCCGCCCGAAGCGGCCCAGAACGGCCAGUCCCCCAUGGCGGCCCUGAUCCUCGUGGCGGACAACGCGGGGGGCGGCCACGCCCCCAAGGACGCCAACCCGGGCCACCCCGCCGGCCGGAGGAACAGCGGCGGCCCGCCCUCCCCGUCCGCCGGCGGCCAGCGGAGGCCGGGGGCCGGGGGCCCGGAGCCGGCGGGCCACCCCGCCGGCCUCCCGGACUCCUCUCUGGCGGCCGGCGUGCCCCUGUGCUGCACGCUGUGCCGCGAGCGGCUCGAGGACACCCACUUCGUGCAGUGCCCCUCCGUCCCUUUGCACAAGUUCUGCUUCCCCUGCUCCAGACAGAGCAUCAAACAGCAGGGAGCCAGCGGCGAGGUCUACUGUCCCAGCGGCGAGAAGUGCCCCCUGGUCGGCUCCAGCGUCCCCUGGGCCUUCAUGCAGGGGGAGAUCGCCACCAUCCUCGCCGGAGACGUCAAAGUGAAAAAGGAGAGGGACUCGUGACUCUCCCGCCCCUCGGCGGCCCCACCCGUCACCCCGAACCACCACCGCUCGAGAAUCGUCUGGACCCGUCUUCUCUCUCUCUCUCUCUCUCUCCC